AUGUCAUGUUUCGACGACCUUAUAUACCUUCGCGGAAAGCCACGCCAGGGCAGAUCCGACCUUGUGGGCGUGGCCAACCGUUUGGGAUUACCGUCAGGGCGGGGCGUCGUAAAAUUUUAUUUUUACGGAUCCGAAAAAAACCCAAAUUUACGGUUUCAAGAAGACGUAAAAUCCGUAAAUUCCGUAAGAUUUGUAAGAUCUGAUCGUUAUUGCAAUGCAAAAAGUCGAUCACCUUAAAGCUUAAAAGUGCUUGGAGUGGAGGCGGAGACGCGACUUCUGGAGAACGAGAACGUUAUCCUGGACGCGCCGGGGAACGCGUUCGUCGAAGAUGAGAACUCCGGACAGUUUCUGGUGAUUUCGACGUCUUCCGACGAGAAAGCAGUCACCGGAUACUCCGAUUAUGACGAUCGAUCGAUCGGGCGCGAAAUCCCGAAGAAAAUUGCGCCAUUUGUUGGUCGGAUCGCCCGCUAUGAUGAAUUUUAUGCAAAAUCUGCAUCGAUUUGGGCAGCUGUGUCUGCACUAUUCCUUUUCCAGACGGCAAACAUUUUGGAGCACGAAGCGAAACUGAAUCUCGCGGACGGCAUCGUCACGGAUCCGAAAAUGCUCCCCCAAAAAUGCUCUCAUCGCAUCAUUUCCUCAAUAUCCUAG